GCCGGGGCGGCCCGGGGGGGUUCGGGGAGCGCGGCCCGGCCGCACCUCCCACCGAGAGCGGCCUUAAAGCGACACGAGGGGGUGGCAGCGGGACCGCCUGGCCUUGGGGACACCUCGGGGACGCCUCGGGAACACUUUGGGGACACUUUGGGGACACUUUGGGGACACCGUGGGGACACCUCGGUACCGAGAGGGGCGAAGGCCGCGACACCUCCAGACCCCUCUCAGGGCAGCACGGCCGAACCGGGAGCCACCGAGUGUCCCCGCGGGUGACAAACCAGGAGCCACCGAGUGUCCCCGCGGGUGACAACGGGGACUUGGCGGCGGUGACACCGAUUUGGGGGUGGGGGCGCAAAGCGGAACUUUAGUCUCGAGGCCGCGGUUCCAGCCGGGGCUGUUUUCCCUGCCCGGCGCGGUUUCGGGGGCGCGCCGGCGGAAGCGGAAGUGGCGGCGGGCGGGAUGGAGGAACCGGAGAUGCAGCUGAAGGUGAAGAAAGUGACGGACAAGUUCACGGAGAGCCUGUACGUGCUGGCCAACGAGCCCUCGGUGGCGCUGUUCCGGCUGCAGGAGCACGUGCGCCGCUCGCUGCCCGAGCUGGCCCAGCACAAGUCGGACAUGCAGAGCUGGGAGGAGCAGAGCCAGGGAGCCAUUUACACCGUGGAGUACGCCUGCAGUGCCAUCAAGAACAUGACCGACAGCAGCGUUUACUUCAAGAGCAUCGACAGCCUGCUCAAGCAUUCCAUAGCCAUGAAGGAGCAGCUCAACGCUGCCCAGGGCCGCAGCACCAUCACCCCCCAACCCAAGAAUCCUCCAGGAACUUCUUGAUUUUCCAUCCUGAAUUUUCCAAGAAGUGACAAAAAAAAACCUCUGGGGCUGCACAGGUAGAGAGACUCCUGAAUUCCCAGGAAAACCCCAAAAAAAAGCUGGAAAAUCCCAAAUUUUGCUUUUUGGGACCUCUUUUCCAUGGAAAAACAGGGUGGGUUUGUGUUUAUCCUUCCCUUUUUUUUUCCCAGGCUUUUUAAAAAUUUUUUUUUCCCAAAAAAAACCCUCAAAGAUGAAGUUUUGCUUUGGGAAUUUUGUGUAAAAAGCUGGAAUGUGAGCAACACUCCCAAGCUUUUGUUGAGGAGGAAUUCUCCAAGGAGAAACUUUUUCCAGCUGCUGCCAAGGAAUUGCUGGGUUUGCUUUUAAUGAGGACGAGAAUAAAAAGGAGAAAAAAAACCUCAAAAAACCUCAAAAAAUCUCCAAAAAAAAAAGCCCAACAAGAAAAUUCCUUUUAAAUUCUUCAAUUUUUCUCCUGUGGCCGUGGGAGCUUGGAGCUCCUUUUUUUAUCCUGGAGUUUCCAAGGGCAUGGAACAAAGGAAUGUGGAAUUUUAGGUUUUCAAAGAGAGAAAAAAAAAAAAUCCUUAAAA